GGAUGCUGCUGCUACUGUCACUUCUGCCGCUGCCGCUGUUGUUACAGAUUUUGCUUUUGCUCCUUCUACCGCAUGACAGUUGUUUUCCUCGUCUAAGCAGAUACCAGCCUCAGACGCUCAAGGUGAGAGUCUUGCCUUUUGCUCUGGGCUAUUGGUUCACUUAAUCUGGUCAAUUUGUUUGGUGUUUGUGGUUUUCUUUCUCUCAUCACCCUUCUCCCUGUUUUGUUUUGUUGUGCUUUCUUUUGGGGGCAUGUGUCUUCCCUCCUGCAGAAGAGCUAGAGUUGCUUGAGAGGCAUUCAAGGAAUUAUAGAAGUGGUCAGCAAAGAGGAGUUCAGUAAUUGCAAAGCUAUUCUUGCCUCAGAGGGGCAGAGAGAGCGACAGAGGGCUCACAGGCAGGGGGGAACAAGGCGGGGGGUCUCAUUUCUCCUCUGCGUUACUCCUCUCUCAUUUUGGAUGAUGUUGCUGAGCUUGGACCUUUUGUUGACUCCCACUCUGUGAUUUUUGCAGAGCACUGUGACUAUCACUACCAUCUCUUUUUGUCUAUGUCUCACACUAGUGGACUGUGAUAGAGUUAAGGCCUUUUGGAAGUGAACUGUUUGAGACCUGAUGUUUAAACAUGUCUGAAGUAGCUGCCGACACUUUCCCCAGCCCCUCAGCUCAGCUGAGCCCUGAUGUGUCCCUCAACGGGCUCCCAGCUGAGGAGAACAUGCUGGGGACCCAAAGAGAGGACAGGAGGGUCCAGGGGAUAGCAGGCCUUGCCGCAACCUGCUGUGUAUGCCUGGAGGCAGAGCGACUGAAGGGCUGCCUCAACUCUGAAAAGAUCUGCAUCGCCCCUAUCCUGGCUUGCCUGCUCAGCCUUUGCCUCUGCAUUGCUGGCCUCAAGUGGGUCUUUGUGGACAAGAUUUUUGAGUAUGACUCUCCUACCCACCUUGAUCCUGGGAGGAUAGGACAAGACCCAAAGAGCGCUGUGGAACCUACAGCUCUGUCUGCCUGGGUGCCUUCGGAGGUGUAUGCCUCACCCUUCCCCGUACCUAGCCCCAACAGCAAGGCUGAAGUGACAGUGCAAAGUGACAGCUCUCUCGUGCCCUCCAAACCGUUCCUGCAGCCUUCUCUGUAUAACCACAUCCCAGAUGCUGGGUUGUUGUCCUCUGCCACACCUUCGUUGUCACCAUCUGCCCUGGAGCCUACCACAGCGUCUCAGGCACAAGCAACAGAAAACAAUCUCCAAACUGCUCCAAAACUUUCCACUUCUACAUCUACAACUGGGACAAGUCAUCUCACAAAAUGUGACAUAAAGCAGAAAGCCUUCUGUGUAAAUGGGGGAGAGUGUUACAUGGUUAAAGACCUCCCAAACCCACCAAGAUACCUGUGCAGGUGCCCAAAUGAAUUUACUGGUGAUCGCUGCCAAAACUACGUAAUGGCCAGCUUCUACAAGCAUCUUGGGAUUGAAUUUAUGGAAGCUGAGGAACUGUACCAGAAACGGGUGCUGACCAUAACUGGCAUUUGCAUUGCUCUUCUAGUAGUUGGCAUCAUGUGUGUGGUGGCCUACUGCAAAACCAAGAAGCAGAGGAAAAAGUUGCACGAUCGCCUUCGGCAGAGCCUGCGCUCGGAAAGGAACAAUGUGAUGAACAUGGCCAAUGGGCCGCACCAGCAUAACCCGCCACCAGAUAAUGUCCAGCUGGUGAAUCAGUACAUUUCAAAAAACGUAAUCUCCAGCGAGCAUGUCAUCGAGCGAGAAACUGAGACGUCAUUUUCUACAAGUCACUACACUUCAACAACACAUCACUCCGUGACAGUCACCCGGACGCCCAGCCACAGCUGGAGUAAUGGCCAGACUGAAAGCAUCCUCUCUGAAAGCCACUCAGUACUUGUCAGCUCCUCUGUGGAGAAUAGCAGGCACACCAGCCCAGCGGGGCCGCGGGGCCGCCUCAAUGGCAUCAGUGGGCCACGGGAAGGCAACAGCUUCCUCCAGCAUGCAAGAGAGACACCUGACUCCUACCGAGAUUCUCCCCACAGUGAAAGGUAUGUCUCAGCUAUGACCACACCAGCUCGCAUGUCACCUGUUGAUUUCCACACUCCAACUUCUCCCAAUUCUCCCCCCUCCAAAAUGUCACCACUGGCUUCCAGCUUAACCAUCUCCAUCCCUUCGGUGGCAGUGAGUCCCUUCAUAGAAGAAGAGCGACCACUGCUCCUGGUGACCCCACCACAGCUACGUGAGAAGUACAACCACCACCUUCAGCAGUUAAAUUCUUUCCACCACAAUGUCACUCAUGAGACCAACAGCUUGCCACCUAGUCCUCUGCGGAUAGUGGAAGAUGAGGAGUAUGAGACCACACAGGAGUAUGAACCAGCACAGGAGCCUCUAAAGAAACUCACCAACAGCCGGAGGGUCAAAAGAACAAAGCCCAAUGGCCACAUUUCCAGCAGGUUGGAUGUGGACUCUGACACAAGUUCUGAGAGCAGCAGCUCUGAGACCGAAACUGAAGAUGAAAGAAUAGGCGAAGAUACACCAUUCCUGAGCAUGCUGAACCCCGUAGCGACCAGUCUGGAGCCAGCUGCUGCCUACCGGCUGGCUGAAAACAGGACUAACCCGGCGAAUCGCUUCUCCACACCGGAAGAGUUGCAAGCAAGGUUGUCCAGUGUGAUAGCUAACCAAGACCCUAUUGCUGUAUAAAACAUAAAACACAUAGAUUCACAUGUAAAACUUUAUUUUAUAUAAUGAAGUAUUCCACCUUUAAAUUAAACAAUUUAUUUUAUUUUAGCAAUUCCACUGAUAGAAAAAAGCAGAAGGAAAAAAACUUUUAUAGAUUAAAUAUACGUAUGUACAAAUGUGUUAUGUGCCAUAUGUAGCAAUUUUUUACAGUAUUUCAAAAAUGGGGAAAGAUAUCAAUGGUGCCUUUAUGUUAUGUUACGUUGAGAGCAAGUUUUGUACAGUUACAAUGAUUGCUGUCCCACUGUAUUUUGCAAAACCUUCUAGCCCUCAGUUGUCCUGGCUUUUCUGUGCACUGCAUUAUAAUGAUUGGAUGUAUGAUUUGCAGGAAUUGCAGAAGUCCCUCUGGUCGCUUGUUGUAGAAUCCCCAGAUCAAUAAGCCCUGUAAUGGCACUCCCACCUUACCCACCCCACCAGAAAAAAAAAGGGGGGGGGGGGUGGAAAGAAAAAAAGAAAAAAGAAAAAAAAAAAAACACGAAAAAGAGAGAGAAAAAAUAACCUAGGGGAAAAAAAUAUGCUAUGAGAAGUUUCAUUUGCUUUCUGUACAUGAAAUGGGUUUUGUCUGCUCUCUGCCAGCCAAAAUGUUUGCUUCAUUGAGCACUGGGAUAAUAGUAGAUCCAACAGCAUGCUACUAUUAAUUACAGCAGGAUAACAACAGCAACAACAAAAAGCCAUCCUGCAUUAAAUAAUGUUAAAAAGAAAGUAAUACUGUGAUUUUAAACCAAAUAUAUUAUUAGUUAGAAGUAAGCUUGUAAUCACUAGGAGCUGCCAUUUCAUUAUUUUUCAGAUAUUAAUUAUUGUAAUUAUCCUUUGAAAAUGGGUUUAAGUUAGCCAAGGCUUUGAACCCGCUACUCUACUAAAUAAAAAAAAAAAAAAAAAAACACACAAAAAAAAAAAAAAAAAAAAAAAAACAAACAAAAAAAAAACUAGCUUAUAUUAGUUGAAGUUAAUGGGGCAAAUAUAAUAGCAGAUAUCUGUAACUAAGCAAGGAAGAGAUCUAGCUGGAAAGUGAAUGCCACUAAUAAAAGUGCAAUCAGUUUUCACCUCUAUUUUUUAAUGCUGAUUUCUAAUAGAUGAUUUAUCUUUUUUUUUCCCUCAGUUUUUCCCCCUUUCUUCUCCUCAUCAGAAAGAACCCUGACAAGCUGCUAGCAAUACCAUUUUAGAGAUGCUAUUGGAGUGAGGGUUACUUUUGGACACAGAAACUGCUUUCAAGGAAGAAAUUAUUUACAGAAUCAUUGAAAAGUAUAGGCAAGUAGAAAGGACAUAGCGGAAAUAUGGAGUUCUAUUCUACUCAAUCUUUAUUGACUCCAUAAAUAGUGAGAGAGGCAAGGCUGAUGCAAAGCUCAUUUUUGAAGGCAAGUACACCAUGUGGGUUACAGCCAUAGUGUGCAUGUCUAUUUGAUAUCAGUGUUUGUAUAAACAGUGAUGGCUAUACUAUACCACUAACGAACAAGGAUGCUGUCAGUGCUGGAGCGUCUGCACCCAUUCAAGCAGAAGGUGUCAGUUUAGUCAGGGUCACUUUGCCUCUUCUCUUCUUUUGAUUUUUGUUGUGUGUUCAGUUUGCACAGCAUAGACUCAGGAUUGAUGUGGAAAACAAAGAUUUUUCCUAGACUCUGGGGAUUCUGAAAAUGAGAACACAUGUUCUACAGGUAUUACUGGACUCUAAAUAAGAUCUAUGUCAAGAGAAAAAGAAUUUCAGCCAAACUAUACUCAUCCUUUGGACCAUAUCCUGGUCCCAGUUAAAUGAAGAGAAAAAAGUCAAGGAAAUUUUGUGAGAUGUAAACCCAAGAAACUCAAGUCUUGACUCAGUAAAUUGUUCAAGCACAUGUUUAUUCUAAUCACAGCAAAAGUUCUCUUCAGCAUGUGCGAGACUCUUAUUGACACAUUCAACAUAUGCAUAAAGUAUGCACUUAAGAGUUUUGCUGAACAAGGUGUCCUAUUGAUUUGAGACCUGAAGCAAAGUCUAGUAAAUGAAGCUGUUUAUCAGGAUGAUGAAAAUCAGUGAGUUGUUCAUUGUAUAUAUCAACCACAUCAUAUAAGUAAGAACAUGGGUAAGGCUACCUGACCACCAGAUUCAGCAGAAAAAGAAAAAUUUUUAGUAGAGGAAGAAGGCAAUGACAACGUUGUACACUAGGAUGUUGGUGGUGAAAGCCAAGGGAUAGGAAACUAGCAUAGCUUUGGGCUAUGCAGUGGCUGAAAUAGCACUGCUUAUUUGAGAAGUCAAUGGAAGAGGUGGCAAAGUUUGUCAAACGCAUAUUGUCUGGACUUAAGUUCCCUUUGCUGUCUUUUCUCUAGCUGGCAUGUACUUGAACACACUUUGCCUUUCCAGACCAAAACAAAAACUCUCUACAACUUCUAGAUACCACACACUCAUUUUCAUCCCUUUAAUCCCACCUGUUAAUCUGCAAUCUUAUGCAGCAGAACAUCCACCUUUGCAGUAGCUCUGCAAAUCAGUACUACAGAGCCAGGUUGACUUUCCUCAUGCAGAGCACCAGAUUCCAAAGGAUUUUCACUGUUGAGUUUCCAGAGGCACUUGAAAAUCUGCCCUUUCAGUAAGAUCCUUGAUACUGCAAAGAUCUUACAGAACAGACAAGGCAGAAAAAGGAUGGCAGAGGAACAAGAGGUUUGCCCCAAAAUCACCUAUUUUAGUGGCAGAAUAGAGAUUAUAACACAGAUCUUCUUUAAUCUCUUCCAGUACAGAUCGCCUACAAGGCCAGAUCUCGUUAGAGCAUCUGUUAUAGCCCAGGCAGAUAGAACAGGAUGGAAGGGGAACUUGCUUUGAAGUGGAAUAAAUUACUUGACUACUAACACUGUUGUUAUAGAGAGCCAGUAUAAAAUGAAGGAGCAGUUGCAUGCUUGGGAGCUGUACAUGUGAGAUUUAUUCGCUGUAGGUCUAGGGGAAAAUGUCACACCCCUUGUGCUACAGUGCUUCAAAGUGGUGUGUAGUCCCUGCUUCUCCUCUAACCCUGAGUACAUACGGCAGUGUGUUAUAGGGUAAGUAUGAAAUUAGGCUGGGGAGUUCACAUGGACCUAAGAACAAGAAUAUACAAUUGGGGAUAUGGCUGCCUAAGCCCUUAGGUCUUUGGGAAAAACCCAGCCUUACAGCACAAUUCAUGCAACAGUGAGUUAUGGGAGAUGCCCUGGCUUAGCACUCACAGAAGUGGGAGCAGGACACAGCCCCUCACCUCUGGACUGUUUUUUAGCAUGCUGUGAGGGUGCUCCACGACAGUCAAGUCCAUAUCCUGAAGUUAGCAAGUCUACACGGCCACAGGUUCUGCUGACAGACUGUAACCAGCUCCUGCUGGCCAAGGGACUGGAGAAUGCAACAGCAUGGAGCAGAGUCAGCAAGUGCCUACGGGAAAGGCCAGCUCCCCUGUUGGGGAUACUCACUUCAUUACACGGACCUCUGAGCUAGGCAGUCCCAACGCACUUGAGCCAUCACUGUGUAACCCUUGCCAACUUUUGGCUGAAAGUCAUGGCAAGGAGAAACAUACUUUGAAGGGAGAAUAAAUAUUUCAGUGGGGGCAGAGUUGUUCAAAUUGCCCUGUUUUCUUUAUGUGUCAUUUAACAUGAGCCAUGAGUUUUCCCCAUGAAUGCAGAAAUUAUUCCAGGAUAAAAGGCUUCCUUCAGGGGUGUAUAGCUGCAAUAUGUUGUGCACAACCUGGUACAGCCUCCACGUUAAGGUGGUGUUAACCAUUAUAGCUCCACAGAGGUUCCCAUGUAACAGAGAAAAACCCACCCUCUCCUCUUGGCUCAGCUAUUCCCUUCCUCACUUGAGCCACCUCAACAACCCCGGGUUUAAGAGAUCGAUCACUGCCUUUAUCAAGAAAACAGGAAAGCUCCUUCUCUUUCCUUUCCUCCAAAACAACAAUGCUGCAUCUCCCUGCUUCUCUCACACACAUUGCAAGCAGUUUCCUGAGCAUCCAGGAUAGCAAACUUGUGUCCCCUCAAAGGACACACUUUUCAGCCUGUUGAACACUUCUUGGCCCUGCAGCAUGGCUACUUAUGAUCAGCUGGGACUUACUUCUAGUAAGAAACAAAAAAAACACCUAUGAAAUGCUGCAGAGAAGUGCAGACAAAGAACAUGGUCAAUUAUCGUAAUUUGUAAUUCUCUAUUCUAUUGUAAAUACAUCUUGUACAUACAUGGAUGUUUUCAUCCUUUAAUGUCUUUAUAGAUCAUGUGUUAAAUGAGACUCUCUUAGUUUAUUGUGUAUCACUGUAAAUAACGCAACGUCCUUUAUUAUUUAUGCAUAGGCAUCUAACACGCAGAGAAAGUUAUCCUCAUACUAUGUUAAGAUAUAUGUCAAAAGUAUGUUGCAUUUUUCUUUUUGCUUUAAAAACUGUAAUAUAUCCUCUUUUUCCCCUCUUUUCCUUAAAGAAAAAAAAAUGAAUGCUAAUUUAUUGUUCAGGAGAGAAAGGGGAUGUAACUGAAAGGCAAACUGUUCAAAGAACAUGCUAUGGAAGCCACAAGCUACUGAUAAACUAAAGAAUUUAUUAUCCCAAAUACAGCAAUAAGUAAUUGUUGAUUUAUUAA